AUGGGUGUCAUCCGCAAAAAGACGGCCACCAGAGGUGGUGAGAGUGGUGUUAAAUAUGUUUGCGAUGUUUGCUCGGCGGACAUCACCUCUACAGUCCGAAUAAGAUGCGCGCACAGCGCAUGCAACGAGUAUGACCUCUGCGUUCAGUGUUUCUCUAUGGGCGCCUCGAGUGGUUCUCAUCAACCAGCUACCCAUCCCUACAGGGUUAUCGAACAAAAUUCAUUCCCUAUCUUCGACAGAGACUGGGGUGCAGAUGAGGAACUGCUGCUUCUCGAAGGCUGCGAGACCUACGGGCUUGGAUCGUGGGCCGAUAUUGCAGAUCACAUUGGUGGCUACCGUCACAAAGAUGAGGUUAGAGACCAUUAUCUCAAGGUGUAUGUUGACUCGCCGUAUUUCCCACUUCCGGAACGUUGCAAACCAUCCGACAUGGGACUGGCACAAGAUGUAUCCCGCGAAGAAUUCCAGGCGCGCAAGAAGCGACGCAUCGAAGAUCGCAGGGAGGCUCAGAAGAACGCACCCCCGAUGCCGCCCAAGACAAAGCCCACGGCUAGUGUGCCUUCCUGUCACGAGAUUCAAGGCUACAUGCCCGGCCGACUCGAGUUUGAGACCGAGUAUGCUAAUGAGGCCGAAGAGGCAGUCCAAUUGAUGCAGUUCGACCCCGGUGACGGUAUCAAUCCCCAUACAGGAAACUUAGAACCGGAAAUGGAGCUCAAACUCACUGUCAUGGACAUCUAUAACUGCCGGUUAACCCAGCGCGUGGAACGAAAGAAAGUGAUUUUCGAACACAAUUUGCUGGAGUAUAGGGAAAAUAACAAGCAAGAAAAGAAGAGAUCCAAGGAAGAACGAGACCUUCUGAGCAAAGCCAAGCCUUUUGCGCGCAUGAUGAACCAUGAUGACUUCGAGGCGUUCUGUCAAGGUUUAGUUGACGAGUUGAAUCUACGACAAGCAAUUACGCAGCUGCAGGAAUGGAGGAACAUGAAGAUCGGCGAUCUUCGUAGCGGAGAAAAGUACGAACAAGAGAAAAGCCAACGCAUACAGAAGGCCAUGCCGAUGGGUUCGAUGGACCGCGAACGACUAGCUUCGGCGCAGCGAUCCAAGCAGAACGUUCAACCGGAACCACCUAGUGGAGCUGCUCUGCUCAUAGCGCCUGAGCUCCCAUUUAGACCUGCUACAGCUGGAACGGUACCUCAAGACGCCCUAGAUGCUUCGGCAAACGGCGAACCCAAGCCGCUCGCAAAUGGGUACACGAACGGAGUUACCAAUGGAGUUAUGACUAACGGAGCACUUGCGCCGGGAAAGCAGAAGUUCAUCUCACAGCCUAUUUCAGGCGUACAGCCUCUACUGCUAACCCAAGACAACGCUCCAGACUUACAUCUACUUACACCGGAGGAAGUAGAAUUGUGUAAGGUUUGCCGAAUACAACCAAAGCCGUAUUUGAUGAUAAAAGAGCAGGUAUUCAAGGAAGGUCUAAAAGGCAACGGAGCCUUGAAGAAGAAGCAAGUGAAGGAGAUUUCCCGACUGGACUCGCAGAAGGGAAGCAGAAUUUUCGAUUUCUUUAUUAACUCGGGCUGGAUUGCCAAGGCCUAG